CGCGCCACUCAACGUCACGAAAUGACCAGCGCAUCCUCUCGAGGUGUGAGCGGCUGCUGUGUAACGCAGCUCAGCACCUGGGGAGCUUCAUGGCGGGGUUCGUACAAGCUUUGGGUGUUGUACUGUAAAGUCAAUGAAGUCCUGUGCGCUUUGUUCUGGCGAAGAUCUCAUCAAUGGCGCGAAAAACUUCACAUCGACAGCGGAAAAGUGAAUGCAAAGAAAUUCCGAACGUCAGGACAUAGCAUUGAUCGUGGGGUCAAGCAGUGUUCACACCACCUGCAGGAAGAUUCCCUGCCAUUGAUCGAUAGACAUUCCGUGUAGAGUCACAAGUCAAAUACAUAGCUAAAGUACAAUGCAAGGUGAAAG